AUGUCUAUUGAAGACUCAUUUGCUGCAUUAUGUGUUUCUGGAAGCAAUGAUGCUUUAUCAGUUAAAUCCUUGGUUUUUAAGCCAAAAACGCCAAAAACUGCUACCCCAAUUCCAAUUGUUGUUGUCGCUUUACAGACCACCAAUACCCCAUCUCCAAUUAUUGCAUCUGCUUCAAACACAAAAGAACCAAGGUUGGCACGUGACGAAUUGUUUCAAUCUAUUUUCAAAGUUGAAAAAGCUCAAGAUUUCCAUUUGGGUAAUUUACAAAAUAUCGAAAAUGAAUUUGUUGUUUUAUUAGACUCUAAUUUGAAUGCAGUUGACGAAAAAGCUGUUUUGCAAUUAACCAGCGAUAAAUUUAUUUCAAAGGGUAAAUUGUUAGAAUACUUAAACCAAUUUAAACCAGUUGAAGUUGAUUUUUCUAAAGCCCCAGAGCCAACUACUGCUAAGAAAUCUGGCAAAAAACCAUCUGCUUCCUCCAAUAAAACAUCGAAUACUUCUACUUUAGAUGAUGCCAAGUUGAUCGGUAUUACUGUUGACAAAGCCAAGGACUUUCCAGGGUGGUAUCAACAAAUUUUAACCAAGGGUGAAAUGCUAGACUAUUAUGAUGUUUCCGGUUGUUACAUUUUAAGACCAGGUUCUUAUUUUAUCUGGGAACAAAUUCAGCACUGGUUUGAUGCUAAAAUUAAAUCGCUUGGUGUUCAGAACGCUUAUUUCCCAAUGUUUGUUUCCUCUAGGGUUUUGGAAAGAGAAAAAGAUCAUAUUGAAGGAUUUGCUCCCGAGGUUGCUUGGGUUACCAAAGCAGGUUCUUCUGAGUUGGAAGAGCCAAUUGCUAUUAGACCAACCAGUGAAACUGUCAUGUACCCAUACUAUGCGAAAUGGAUUCAGUCCUACAGAGAUUUGCCAUUGAAGUUGAAUCAAUGGAAUAGUGUUGUCAGAUGGGAAUUCAAGCAUCCUCAACCUUUUUUAAGAACUAGAGAAUUUUUGUGGCAAGAAGGUCAUACUGCUCAUUUAACUUCUGAAGAAGCACAAGAGGAAGUCUUACAAAUUUUAGAUUUUUACGAGGGCAUUUACAAUGAGUUAUUAGCUGUUCCUGUUGUCAAAGGGAAAAAGACCGAACACGAAAAGUUUGCCGGUGGUGUUUUCACUACUACUUGUGAGGGUUAUAUCCCACAAACCGGUAGAGGUAUCCAAGGUGCUACUUCUCACUUUUUAGGUCAAAAUUUCUCCAAGAUGUUUAAUUUCAGUGUGGAAAACCCAUUGGGUUCAGAACAUCCAAAGAUAUUUGCUUAUCAAAAUUCUUGGGGUUUGAGUACCCGUGUUAUUGGUGUUAUGGUUAUGAUUCACUCUGAUAACAAAGGGUUGGUUGUUCCACCAAGAGUUUCUCAGUACCAAGCUGUUAUUGUUCCAGUUGGUAUUACUUCUAAAACCUCUGAUGAAAACCGCGCUAAAAUCAACAAAACUGCCCAACAUAUUGAAUCCAGAUUGAUUAAGGCAGGCAUUAGAGCUACUGGUGAUUAUAGAGACAAUUACAAUCCAGGUUGGAAAUUUGCCAACUGGGAAUUGAAGGGUGUUCCAUUAAGAUUAGAAUUCGGUCCAAAAGAUUUGUCUGAAGGCCAAGUUACUGUAGUUAAGAGAAAUGAUUCCAAGAGAAUGACUGUCAAAUUAGAUGAAUUAGAAGCUAGGAUCCCAGAAAUCUUGGAAGACAUUCAUGAAGAGUUAUUUGUGGCUGCUAAACAAAAAUUUGAUUCUCACAGAGUUAUUGUCGAUGAAUGGAAAGAUUUUGUUCAUGCCUUGAACCAAAAGAAUGUUAUUUUAUCACCAUGGUGUGGUGUUGAAGAAUGUGAAGAAGAUAUUAAGAAUUCUUCUGCGCAGAAAGACGAUGGCGAAGAAUUUGAACAGGAUGAAAAGUCUCCAAGUAUGGGUGCCAAAUCCUUAUGUAUUCCAUUUGAUCAGCCAGAAUUGAAACCAAACCAAAAGUGUGUUAAAUGUCACCGUAAGGCUGUUAAUUAUUGUAUGUUUGGUCGUUCCUAUUAG